GUUUUAUGAUUUUUAAUUUUCAAAAUGCCGAAUACCAACAAGGAAGCCGAACAUGCGGCACAGCGCGAAGCCAUACAAAUGGCUCAGCUAGAUUUCUCCUCGCUGCGCAGCACGAUCAUAGAAAAUGUGCUGAGAGCCAUGAAUGAUGCCUACGAGCGCGUUAAGAUCUCAUUGAUAUUGCCAAAACUUAUAGAGGACCGUCGAAUGUUGGCUAAGGCUGUGACCGGCACACAAUUUGAGGGGGCCAUACCACUGAUAAAUGCCUUUAUGCGCAGGCGUGAUAUUAUAUUGAAGGAACACCGAUCGCCACUAAUGGAUCAUGGCAUGAUCAAGAUCAUUGACUACUUCCAACGUCACCAAACGAUUUAUACCUUGUUUCCCGGAUUAAUUAACUCCAUGUCCGAUAAUGAGCGGAAGCUUCUCUUCGCCUUCCAGAAGCUGAUCGACAUGGCCACGGCUCAUUUGAAGCGCGACGCGAAGGCGCAGAUACAACAGGAACGUUAUUUGCAGAACGUAUACGCAGAAAAGGAGAAACUCAAGGAGAACAUAAAACAAAUUGAAGAGAAAAUCGCCUCACACAGGAUCGAGCAGCGCUGGAAGGCAGUCGCCAAGGCGUCACAUAUGGCCAAAAUCGCUGAAGAGUUGAGAGUGAAAAAAGAACUGCACGAAGAGAAAAUUGAACGGGAAACAGAGCUUUAUCGGCGCGCUGUGCUAGCUAAUGUCAAGAACAGCCUGGACAAACAAUUUGAACUGGCUGAAGAGUUGGAAAAGGUCAGGUUCGAAAGUGAAAAAUUAGACAGAGAUCACAAAAAAAUGGAAAAGGAUGGUCGUGAUGAAAAAAAUAAAUUGCAAAUACAGCUGCAGGGCAUUAUACGGAAAUAUGAUACGGUGAUCGGUGAGAAAUUGGUCGAGAAUCUGGAGCUGACGGAUCUAAUGAAUGAGGCCAAGCAAAAGCUCAAUGAAUAUAUGGUAACCUAUCGCAAAGAACAGGCCAUUUACAAAGAGAUUGUGGUUAAGCGCGAAAAAGAAGAAGAACGCAAAAAGCAACAGGCCAUUCUACAUUAUAUGAUGCACCGAGCCGCUUGCAAAAUUCAAAGAUAUUGGCGCGCAUGGCGCAAGCAUCUGCAGAAGAAAAAAAAACGUGGCGGACGUAAAUAAUGGCCCGCCUUUCAUCAAUGGCAACUUUGUCAGCAAAAUCUAACAAAAAUUAUAUGCCUAGCAAGAUAAAAAAUAAAUUCAUCAA